GUGCUACACUUUGUGUGUUCUCUGCUUUCCAUCUUCAUUUUGGAGUAAAGAAGUGUAUGCAGGGUUUAAAGGGGAAGUUUUGUUUUUCCUCUCCAACCUUUACUUCCCUGUAGAUUAGCUUUACCUGCCUAUCCACCAUUCAGUCGGUAAAAUCUUUUUUCGUUCUCUUUUAAAGAUCGGAUGGGGGGGCCCCAUACAUACCUUCGCCUUGGGCCCCCAAUUUGCUAAAUCCGCCACUGAUAAUGCAUAUAGGUACACACGUUUAACCUCGUGGGUCUGUCUGUUUGUAAUUGUUACAUUCAUUUAUGUCUGAUCAGGUGAUCUUCAGUAGUGCAUUUCAUGUCGUCUGCAUGACGCAACACUUUAAGAACACGGACAAAAUAUCUAAGAUGCGCUUUUUUGUAGUCCAUCUCCUGAACAUUGUAGUUUCACCGCUGCAGACCAACGUCAAUAACAUCCGCCUGCCGUCGCAUCAUAUCUACGAGCUUAGUGAACGUGGGGUUAGGUUCUCUAAACAUUGCGGAUGUCUUUUCCUAACUACUCAUGGAUUGUCCUUCCCUUGACGUUUUACACAGAGGUUAAGAACAAAUGGUUAUGGUUAGACGUUAGGAGGUAAUUUGUUGACUAUUUGGCCGCAACCCGAGUUAUGAAUGCAUGUGGAAAAACUGCCAGGAUCUCGAGGAAUAUAACCAAGCAGCCAUGUCCGCUGCUUUUUACUUAUGCCUUCUCUUUUGGUACCUCCAAACCAACGCUGUCGGAGCAGAGCUGAAACCACCAGAGAAUUUGACCAUGAUCACCUUGAACACCAAUUACCAACUGAGCUGGGAUUGGGACCAGAGUUCAUCGGCUGUCAACUUCACCACACAAUAUGUGUCGAAGUACCAGCUGAGGUCUAAAAAAAAGAGUCCGAUAUGGAGUACUGCGUGUCAGAAUACGUCGAGUAGGUCAUGUGACCUUACACAGUUCAAUCUGUACUACCUGGGCAUCUACGUACUUCGUGUAGAAGCCAACGUGAACGGACAUGUCUCCGGCUGGGUGAAGAAGGAAUUCUGCCCUGAUAAAGAUGCUGCUUUGGGUCCUCCAAGCAAAGUGGCCCUUUUGCCUGCUGGAAGUGACCUGGAAGUUGUCAUCUCUGAUCCUCUGACCAGCACCAACAACUCCAUGAGGGAAAAUUAUCCUGAUCUUUAUUACCACAUCCUUUACUGGGAACGCUCCAUAGACACACAGGCCAUAGGAACUCAGACGUUGCGUAGCAGAGCCAACAUAGUGACUUUGCCAAAGCUGAAGGCCUGGACUUGGUACUGUGUGAGCGUCCAGUCACACGAUGACUUCUACAACAAGAAGAGCAGCUUCACCUCACCCCACUGCAUGCAGACCGAAGGUGCCACUCCGUGGUGGCAAAUCUUCGGGUACUUCGUGCUCUCUCUGGUGAUCUGCUUCCUGGUCAUGCUGGUCUCAAUCUACAGCUUCUUUUGGUGCUAUAAGACUAUUAAGGCAACGUUGUUCCCGGCCGUCCAGCUGCCCUUCCAGCAGUAUCUUUGUGACUUAACUGGGUCUGACUUUCCUCGCCUCCUCACUCCGGAUUCCGACUCCGAGCUGUCGUGUGAUAAGGUCACUGUGUGUCCGGAGUCCCCGGUCCUGAAAAUCCACAUCCCUCCCCCUGAGGCCCUGCCGGCACCCCCAUCAGGCCUGGAGCCUGACAGCAGUGGCAGACACAGUCGUCAGGACAGCAGUGGCAGUGGAGACUCAGGAGUGUACUCCACGGGGGGCAGCUCAAGCCUGCGGCAGCCCAACAGCAGCCAUUCCUCCACGGGGGCCAAAGUCUCUGGGCAGGGACCCUUUGACUUGGAGCAGGUGAAGAUGCAGGACAUGGCUCCAGGGCUCGAGACUCAACUUGUGAAUGCCGACGAGGGCAUUGUAGACAUGUGUGUCUGAAGGCACAAGACAUUUUGUUGAGAAGAGCAUGAAGAAAAGGUGAUAUUAAGGAGUCUGUGGUCAAAUGUGCAGUGUGCCUUUUCUCAAGCCGUCGCUGGGAAACAAGGAGAGGAAAGCAUCGUAAAAAAGCAAAGUGUGGAAAAGGGACUUAACAACAUAAUAUAAUGUGUGACAGACACACACAAAGAAGAACACUGAUCUGCUGGGAUGUCGACCCAUGUUUCCAAUGUCUUCACUUUUGACAUAUUUGUCUUUACAGAUGAUGUGCCCUUCUUUUUGGCACCAACCAGGAAGUACUGUUCCGUGCAGAUUUUGAUGUGUUGUGCAUUUCUUUCACCUCGUCUCCGGCAGCCACUGUCUUAACCUUCAUGCUGGGAGUGUAUCUGUGUAGCAGUCUGCAUUAAUCAUGUUAUUUUAUCUCUUUUACUGUUCUAUUGGUAUAAUGAGCUUAAAAGUGCUAAAUAGGUAGCAUUAAAUAAACAUACUGUAAGCAGAUAAUGCCGAAUAGAGUAAAUGCCCGAUUGUGAAUGAGGCCCAUUGUGUUAAAUUCUUUUAAAGUUACUAUAUUUACUAGCCCAAUGUGGCAUUUCUCUUGACCCCGGCCACUGGGCAAUCCUUAUAUUGAGCCCUGGGGACUUAGUCGGCACUUUAAUUCUAGGCGAGACGUGUCUGCUCCGUGCAGCAGACUGGCAGCACAGGAGAGGCCAGACCAUGUUAACGGUCACAGUGAGCACUCUACAGGUCCUUGUAGCGGUUCCAGUGGAAUUGGUUACACUGAUUUUGAGUCUAUUAACUGGAGGGGAAACAUUCUCACAGUGACAUCGCUGCCUUUUGAUAUUUAGCCUACCCUUGUUGAAAUAUAUCUGGUCAACACAAUAUUAGAAACACUUGUAGAAUACAGAGAUACAAUUCACCAGCACUGCUGGCGGUGCUGGUGAAUGCCAGUUGAGGGUUAGACCUACUGACAUUGUGAUAUUAAGUUGUUCUGUUAAACAUUUUUAGAAAUGUCUCUGUAUUGAUCAGAAGAACAGGAACUUUGCAUUAAAUAUGCUAAUUUGACCAAAACAAGUAUCGCUGUUGUCAAGAAACAGCUUGUCCUACUUUUUGCCCAUCCUGUUAAAUACUUAUAUUUACAAUAAGUGUUGUGUUUCAUUGAGUAAAUUUGUAAUCUAAUCAGCAAAGAAAUCAAAUCUGAUUUUUAAACCCACGUACAACUGAUAUGAAUACGGUAUAAUAUAAUACGGUUUAGUUUUUUCUGUGCAUAUGUUGUGGGUUUUUCUGAUAGAAGCUUGUAUUCAAAUACAUUAUUAUUGUGCCAUUUAUGAUUCUUAUAGAAUCUUGGUACCAUAUAAUUUUUUGUUUUUUUCCAAUGACAUGUAAAUAGUGUCAAAUAGAUUUUCUUCACAUUUGAUAUUAGUUAUAAUAUUUCCACCUCUGUCCGGCUUCCAUGUUUGUUUCUUUGUUUUUAGGGAGCAACUUAGUUGCAAAGGAACUUGCAUCUAUUCAAUUCAGUUUAUUUUGUAUAGCCCAAAAAACUAAAGUAACCUUCAGGAGGCAUGGACCACAGUCCAGAUAACCACAAUGUAAACAAAGGAGGUAGAGAGGAGGGACAUCAGCAGGAGGCAGGGCCCAGGACGCAGGAGGCAGGGCCCAGGAGGCCGGGUCCAUGAAGCAGGGGCAAACACAUUGAUAGUUCAGGGUUUCCCGUCAUGUUCACAUCUAAGUUGUCACAUUUUAUCCAUCAACCAAGAUGGAGCGGGUCGGCCUUUAACCACAAUGUUGGCGGUUUGAUUCCCGGCUCCUACGGUCUGUAUGUUGAAGUGUUCACUGAACCCAAAGUUGCUCCCUGGUCACUGUUCCUGAUAGUUAGGAUGGGUUAAAUGCAUACAUCACAUGUCCUAUAUAUACCUCUAUGUAUAGCACCAUUCUCUAAAUUGUAUUUAGGGUUUUAAGCCAGUCAGAAGCCAGCCAAACAUAUUUAGUGAAUACAUAUACAGCACGAAUAGGGUCUGUUCUGUGUACUUGUACAGUUUGUUAAACUUUCAUCUGCUUUUAUCUACAAAUGGCCUUUUUCUUGAAUCUGCAAUGCAAGGAGGAUGUAUGGGGGACAUUCUGAGGCGGCAAGUGUUCAAAGGAAGAAAAAGGUAGAAUGUGGUGGGGAAAAAUGUCGUCAAAACUAAUACGAAUUCAAGACAUGGUGUUAUAUGACCUUAUCUAACAUCAAUGAAAUGGGAAACCUUCCAGGUCUAUCUGAGCUUGUAGAAAACGGCUCAACUUUUAUUUGAUUUGAAGCUUGAUCCAGUUUCACUUUGACGCCUGUGUCCAAUCAUUGCCUCAACAUCUUGCCUAUCACUGUCUGUUGUAACUUAAAAUGUAAUAGAAGUAUGCUGUUAAGCAAUGUACUGGUGACUUGAGUGGUGGUGUCGGUGUACUUGUCUGGUCUCUCAUCCACCAACUAUUGCAUCUACAGCACCCAUGUUCAUGCACAAUCGUGAAUAAAUCAUCCCCAAUACCAAACGUUGGUGUUAAAAUGG